GGGCUGAUGUCCCCCGAGAAGGCGCCUGGUUGCACUUGGCUUGUUCCAGUCCCUUACCAAAUGCGCAUUGAGUGGCCAUGGUGCCGGGGCCUGCCCGCUAGCAGGCCAUGUCCCGAGAGGCAGGCUCGUGCCGCGUGGGCCCUGGGGCUCGGGCACGGGCGCGGAAGCCCAAGAAGCCACACUACAUCCCGCGGCCCUGGGGCAAGCCCUACAACUACAAGUGUUUCCAAUGCCCCUUCACCUGCCUGGAGAAGUCGCACCUCUAUAACCACAUGAAGUACAGCCUCUGCAAGGACUCCCUCUCGCUGCUGCUCGACUCCCCCGACUGGGCCUGCCGCCGCGCCCCGGCCGUGCCCCGGCCCCGCGCGCCCACCCCGGACGGCCCUGCGGAUCCCACGGACCCCGGAGGCCAGCCCCAAGGAGCGUGGCUCCCGGAUGCUCCCACCACACCCGACCUCGUCGUCGCUGACGUCCUCUCCCUGCGCCGCUGUGUCGGGGGCCCCAAGCCCGGGGCUGAGGGGUCCCCAGGGACACCGCCCCCUGUGACGAGGGACGCCCAGAAAGGUGCAGGCCACGGCAGGCGCCUGGCCGAGUCUUGGAAGCCGGGGCCAAGUGGGGGCCCGAGGGGCAUGUCUGUGGUGGACGCGGCAGUGGCUGGCCCUGGGAGUGGGGUCCCUUGCUACCCCCCGCCCACCCCUGGUGAGUUCCCUGAGGCCCAGAACCUUCACCUGUCCCUGCUGGGCGUCAACUACCCUCUCGGCCCUGGCCUCUUCUCCUACCUGGGGCCCUCCCUGGCCGCGGCAGCCCACAUGCCCUUCCUGGCCUCAGCCAGCCCGCUGCUGCCCCCAGCCACGGCCUUCCCUGCCCCACAGCCCCCAGAGCGCCCUGCCCUGUUCCCCCGCCUGUUCUACCCCCUGCUCCUGGAGCACACCCUGGGGCUGCCAGCAGGCAAGGCUGCCCCUGCCAAGCCCCCCGCCCCCCCAAAGGGGCCCCCCGGGACUCUGGCACCUGGUCUGCUGAAGGUGCCGGCACCUGGGCAGGGCGGGCCCUGGCCCCGUGGUGCCCCUGGGGACCCAGGGCAAGAUAGGGAGCUGGAGCGGGCUGCCCAGAGUGACCCCAGGAGGAAGCUGCCUCUGGGAAGCAGGCUGGAGCCCCCGAAGGUCCCCUCCAGUGUGGCGAAGUUCAGCUCCCAGAGCAGCCUGCAGACCGGCCCCUCCAUGAUGCUCUGGCCUGAAGACAAGGAGCCAGGGGACCCCGAGACCCCUGGCCCUGUGGCCCCCCUGCCCCAGCAGUCGCUGGGCCUGGCGCUAGGGGUCCCUGGGCAUGUGAGCGAGGACCUGACGCGGGUCCUUGGCGACUACGCCAGAGUGGAGCGGCGCCUGGGGCAGUUGGUGCCUGCGGGGGGCCUGGCCCCACGGCCUCUGCGGGAGCAGCUGGGCAAGAUCCGCCGGGAGCUGCUCACCAUCCACCAGGCGCUGGAACGGGCUGUGCGGCCCCCGGAUACACCCCUCGACCUCUCUGUGAAGCGGGCGCCCGCCAAGAGGUCUGAGGUCCCCUUGGGGGCCUGGGGGCAGCCAGAGCUGGGCUCCACACUGGCCCGGGGGACCCCUGAAGCCCCCAGCAUGCUGGGCCCGGCAGCGCCUGAGCCCUUCUCCGGCCACACCACCAAGUGUGAGGCCGACUCCAGUGUCCCACCCCCGGGCCUACCUCUCCAGGCCCCAGAGGACCCUGUCAUUCCUGGCAGCAGCUGGGGUACCCAUGGCGGGGCUGGGGGCUCCUGGCCCCCCGAGGCUGUCGCUGGCCUGCAGAGCCCCCCGGGCGCCGGGGUCUGAACACAGCCCCUACUGCCACCUCUGUCCUUAACAGACAGCAGCCCUUCUCCAACCCUGUGCCCACCACCUGGCCCCCCACCCACCCCUACCCAGGGGCUGAGGCCCAGAGCCUGUCCAGCAUG